UGCAUUCUGGGAGCGCGGAGGCGGCAGCGGCGCCUGAGGGAGCUCGGCCGCCAUUUUGUGCCUCUCUCUCGGUCCGGGGUGGCCGCGCGGGCGCUGCGGCUCUGAGGGAGCGCUCGGCUCUCCUGCUCUGUAGGUUGGGGUGCCGCCGCCAUGGGCCGUAAGAAGAAGAAGCAGCUGAAGCCUUGGUGCUGGUAUUGUAAUAGGGAUUUUGAUGAUGAAAAAAUCCUUAUACAGCAUCAAAAAGCAAAGCACUUUAAAUGCCAUAUAUGUCAUAAGAAACUGUAUACAGGACCUGGUUUAGCUAUACACUGCAUGCAGGUACAUAAAGAAACAAUAGACGCUGUUCCAAAUGCUAUUCCUGGAAGAACAGACAUUGAACUGGAAAUCUAUGGGAUGGAGGGCAUUCCAGAAAAAGAUAUGGAGGAACGGAGGAGGUUACUUGAACAAAAAACUCAGGAGAGCCAGAAAAAGAAACAACAGGAUGAUUCUGAUGAGUAUGAAGAUGACGAAUCUGCAGCUUCAACUUCAUUUCAACCCCAGCAAGUUCAGCCACAGCAGGGGUACAUUCCCCCAAUGGCACAGCCAGGUUUGCCUCCUGUGCCAGGUGCACCAGGGAUGCCUCCAGGUAUACCACCAUUAAUGGCAGGUGUUCCACCUAUGAUGCCUGGAAUGCCUCCAGUUAUGCCUGGAAUGCCACCUGGAUUGCAUCAACAGAGAAAAUACAUGCAGUCAUUUUGUGGUGGAAACAUGAUGAUGCCAAUGGGUGGAAUGAUGCCUCCUGGGCCAGGAAUCCCACCUCUUAUGCCUGGUAUGCCACCAGGGAUGCCCCCGCCCGUUGGGCCUCGGCCUGGCAUGCCUCCAAUGACACAAGCACAGCCUGUUACAGCUCCAGGCAUUCUUAACCGGCCUCCAGCUCCUGCUGCAACAGCACCGACCCCACAACCUCCAGUUACUAAACCACUCUUCCCAAGUGCAGGGCAGAUGGGGACACCUGUCACAAGCUCAAGUGCAGCUUCCUCCAAUUCAGAAAGUCUGUCAGCAUCUUCUAACGCUCUGUUUCCUAGCACAGCACAAGCUGCAGCGGCUGUGCCAGGGCCAGUUGGUACUGAUUUCAAACCUUUGAAUUCUACACCUGCGACAACAACGGAACCCCCCAAACCAACAUUCCCUGCUUACACACAGUCUACAGCCUCAACCACUAGCACGACAAGCAGUACUGCAGCUAAACCAGCUACAUCUAUCACAAGUAAGCCUGCUACCCUCACAACAACCAGUGCAACCAGUAAGUUGAUCCAUCCAGAUGAGGAUAUAUCACUGGAAGAAAGAAGGGCACAGUUGCCUAAAUACCAGCGCAAUCUUCCUCGACCAGGACAGGCUUCCCUGGGUAAUCCACCAGUUGGACCAAUUGGAGGUAUGAUGCCACCACAGCCAGGAAUUCCUCCACAACAACAAGGAAUGAGACCUCCCAUGCCACCUCAUGGUCAGUAUGGUGCUCAUCACCAGGGCAUGCCAGGAUAUCUUCCUGGAGCAAUGCCUCCGUACGGUCAGGGACCUCCGAUGGUACCCCCGUACCAGAGUGGACCUCCUCGCCCUCCGAUGGGAAUGAGACCGCCCGUAAUGUCACAAGGUGGCCGCUACUGAUGCUCCUACUCACGCUCUAAUAGGUUUGGAGAUUAAACCUUUUCUCAUCUUGUGCUGUUAAUAUAGCCGAGCUUCCGUCAAUUAAAGCUUCAUUGUGACUUUAAAAAAAUAAGUAUCUUCCCACAUGCAAGGAGCUAUUGGACAUUCUUAUUUUACAUGGGAAAAAUUAUUUGGAAUAAUAACAGGAACUUUUCCUGAUGUUGCAAUUUAUACUGUAUGGCUUCUUUUUCAUGUUUCAUCUAGGUUUUUAGAAGUGAAGUAUAGUAAAUAUGGUUCGUUAAAUUGUGAAGGCGCUGGAAUUACAUGAACAUACCACCUUAAAGGCAAGUUCUGUAAUGUUACGUUGCUAUUUGUGAAAUGAUGCCUUCACAGCACUUCAAGUGCUGUUGGACUUCAUGUCCCCAACAUAGUUUGGUGAGGGCUGUAACUGUUCCCAACUACUUGUACAUUAAAGUCUGAACUUGUAACAAUAUUUAAUGUAUUUAGAGUUCCUCCUGUUCCAGGGUUUAAGUAAACUGACCCACUAAGGUCAUGUGACUUUUCUGUACUGUUAUAAACUUCAUUGUAAUAAAAGAGGAGAAAAAUUUAUAUGCCUUUUUAUUCGUGACCAGCUGUGGACAACUGCCUGAAAGGUUUGUACAGAUGCAUGCCGUGGUAGCCCUUGGUGUAAUGAACACAAUUACUGGUGCUGUUUUGAUAAAGUCUGAAUUUAUUGUUCUAAAAAGUCACUCCUUAGCUGUAUGUCCGAGUAGACAAAGACCCGUACACUUAUUAACUGACUCUUCAAAACUGAGGCUGCAGGAGGCACAUCCUAACUCUUGGUUGUAACUUCUCUUAAUGCAUAUGUUUCUUUAUUUGUGCUUUCUUGUCCUCAAUAAAUUUUAAAUGAUUUCUAGUCCUGGCACUUGCUUGUAGGAYGGGAAAGUGUGCUAAGAUACAUCCUAAUGCCAGGUGUGUCCUGUUAGUUCACUCUGCAGCUGACCCUUUUUAAUGUACAAAUGGAGAUUAAUUUUAGGAGCCUUUUAGGUGAAGAUUUCUAGAAGCUUAAGUGCGUGGCACAUGGGUGAGUGACUUCCAGUUGAUGUAUUGAAGUUGACCUGCAAAAGAGAAAUAGUAGCUUAACCCUCUUAAUACAYAGAAGAGGCAGAGAAGGCAAGGUAAAUGUAUUAUAUGCUGUAUUUUUACUUUUAAUGUUCAGAAGUCCGUGUUUCGGCAGUCUUUAUAAGGUGAAGCAUUUAUAACCAUCUGUUGUGUGCUAUGAUCAGAUGUUGGCUGAAUUUGUUUCUUGAGCCUUUCAGUGAAAAUGUCUGGAGUAAGACACCUUUUUAUCAAUUAGAGGUCUUCACUCUAUGAAUUGGUCAUUUAUCCAGUGUGAUAGAGUGUAGAGUGAUAAAUUCUGUUGUAAUUCUCUGAAUAUCUGACCUUUUCUGUUCCUGUGCUGUACCUUUGAUGAGAAUGUAGAGGGAAUCUUUUAGGAGGGGAGGGAAGUGAGAGCUUCUCUGGCCUCUUAACGGGAAAAAAGAGCGGUGAAUUUUUUCAUUUGCAGGUCAACUUUAAAUACAUGUUCCAGCCUCAAGCCUUAUCUGCAGGUUAAUUAAAGGGGAUAUCUUCUUUAGAGUAGGGUAGAAAGAUCAUCAGCAUUUUUGUGUCAUUAUGUUCAUAGAUGUUUUAGUAGAUGGUGGAGGUUUUUAAUUUUUUAAUUAUAAUACUGAGUAUUAUGGCUCUGUUUCUUGGACGUCUUGGUGUUUUUUAUCUGCACUAAAGUACUUCAUAUGGCUUUAUUCUGUACUGGCUCUUAAAAGUGCCAGAAUACGGUACAGCUAAAAUACUACAUUGUCCAGCUUCUGACCUGGUCAUAAAAGCACUAGAGGAUCUGAAUGUCUCAUAAAAGCACUAGAGGAUCUAGUGCAAUCUAGUUACAGCUGAAUGGCCUUAAACAUUAAGAAUUGCCAGGCACUUCUUUUCUGAAGUGUUCAGCAGUCUUAAGACCAUAACUCCAAGCCUCUGUUGAGAAGCAGUUCUCUCUGAUCGCUGGUAUCUGCUGAUCACCUGUCAGAUGUGCAGUAUUUGGCUUGCAAAUGUGCUGAGGGGGCCUUGAUGUCAGUUCUUCUGUUAGCUCUUCAUCUUGCUUUAUACAUAAGUCUAACAGAUAAAACUUGUUUUGCUCAGGCAAUGCUUUUAUACUGUUGUUUUUCUUCUGUUUACCUAAUAAGGAURAUUACAAAACACUGGAGAGAUUUUUACAAUGUCUUACAUUUGUCCUUUUUGUAAUGUUACACAUAAAAUUUAUACGUUACAAAGUGAUCUUAACUAUUGCUUGUGAAACUAUAGAACUUGCUUUUUCUGAAGAUCAUAUUGCUGCUCUAAGGAUGCUUUGCCCUCCUGCCCCAGUCAAGUACAUUUGUUCUCCCUUUGGUGUCUUUCUGUAACUUUCCAUAUGUUGUUUUCAAACCCCUACUUCUCCUGGGAUAAAACCUUAUUGCAUGUACUGUUAACUCAGCAUAUUCUGCAAGUUAUAUUAAGAGUUCUGCUCUUUUACACGGUGAAUGUCUCAUUCUGAUAAUGGUACCAUUUUGUAGCUAUAUACUGCAUAGACUUCAAGCUUGAAUGCAUUUUGAGAUUGAUCUUAGUAGUAAUGGUAUGAAAAUGCCCCAAGUAAGUACUGUCACAUAUAUUUCAUAGGUACUCUCAUAUGAGCAGCUGAACAAUUUUUCCAUUAUUUUCCUGUGGAUACUUAAUUUCCUGCUCCUGUCAUUCCUGUGCAAUCAGAGCUGUGAUGUGGCUGCCUUUAGUCUUCAGUUACUCUUGUCUCUUGUGUGACUCCUCUGUAAACAGGCAGGUGUUUCAGUGCCUGUGUUGUCUGUUGGUGCCUGCCUUCAUUUCUUUGGAUACUGCUUCUUAAUGCUCAGAGAGUUGGAUUUAUGGUGCAUUGACCCAAAACCAGUGAAACUGCUUUGAGUGUAAUAGUUGCUUGUAUAAGUAAGAUUUCAUUUACAGUAUCAAGUAAAAUCAACAUAGCUGUGCCAGCAAUAUCCSUGAUGUAAUGCAGCCAUGAAAACCAGGUUUUGCUUUACUUAAUCAUUCCCUGGAAAGAGAUUCAGAAGCCUUUAUGAUUACAGARAAGCAUACUUAUAGAUGUUGCAGGACUCCAGUGAUGCAAUUGCGUAGGCAGAAGCUUUGUUUUUCAGCUGUUACCUAAAUUUGCCAUGGCGGAUAUUACGGUAAAAUUAACACUUGACCAGUCUUGAAAUUGCAAYGUAAUGCAAAUGUUGAAUGCAAAUAGGCUACAAGAAAAUUUCAGACACAGGUGGGAAGAUACAUUUAACAAAAAGCAUGCCAGAAUUUAUAGCAUCUAGGACUUACUUAUUCUUAAUUAUUUUAUGCAUGGUCUCACAAUAUCAUAAUAGGCAGCUAAUCUUUAGGGAAAAAUGGAUGAGACUGGAAUCAAAGAACCUUGAAAAAGUCUGGGUUCGAUUUUUAGAAGUCUAUAUGACUCUUUUAUCCUGCCAUUAGAAUAGCUUUCUGCCUUUGGCAAAAAUUGCUUUAAAUAAAAUAGUGACAGGUUAGCUGGCAUAUGUGGACUAAAAGUUUCUUCUGAAACUUCUGGAUUACCUUUUUUUUUCUUCCACAGAUGAGGUUUUAGGURCUGAUAAUAAAUUUGAGGCUGGGCUGUAUUUAAUAACAAUGGAUAACUAUUCCUCACUCUGUGCAUGCAUGGGAGAAUAUAAACAAGCUUCUAGAAACRCAUUCAGCUGCAUCUGCCUUCUGUGGUUUCUGCAAGUGUUUUAGUCUGUGGGGCUUUUGUGCAGUACUUACACAGAACUGGAUUAUUACUCUCUUAAAAUGUGGAUAAAAUCGAAUGGGAUAUGUAGCCUACAGUUAUUUUAUAGGAAUGAAAAUUCUGCAUACAAGAUAAAAAAAUGAAAUGCCAGGAUUACUUAUGAACAGCAAGAAGGGCAUUAUGACCUUCAGUUAAAUUCAGACUCUGAUGAAGAGUCCAUGAGYUGGGCCACAGUUGAAAAUGUAACUAAUGACACUUCAUAGUAAGCGUCUUAAUAAUUGUACUGGUCUAGUUUCUACAUAAACACUAAGACAAGGGUGAACAUUUUCAGUGGGUGAUGGAAUCUUUAACUCUACUUUUCAUUAAUUAGUACAACAGAUACUAUCAGUUACGGAAAAAAUGCCCCAAGACAACUGACUGACGUUCCAUUGAUCAAGAUACAAAGCAAAACUGUCCAAUUCAGCAAUAGCUACCAACUACAGAAAAUACUGUUUGGGCCUAACAAAAGAGGUGCUAUAGCAGUCAUUUUCUUUUGUUUGCUUGAUCACUGGAAUUUUGUUAAUUUUGAAUGCAUGUCUUUCACUUAAUUGGGUCAUGUUUUUKCUAAAAUUUAAAUUUUUCUUCUUC